GUGUUAAUGUGGAGAGCUGCUGCGGAGAGCAGCGAUUCUGGGAGACCAGUCUCUCCGGAAUGCUCAGAUAGCUGCGAGUCGAGGAUUUCCUGUUCUGAGACACUGACAGUGAAGCAGCGGAGCUGUUCUCCUGCUCAGAGAGUCUGGCCGGAGCUGUCAGAACCACGCCUAUAGGGGCCCACAAUUGGUCCAGAAAGCGUAAAAUCAGCAAUCAAAGGGGCUUGGUUCAUUAGUGCUGGGGAUGGAGGCAGGAAGGACAUGUGAGAUAGUAACAGAUCAGCAGUGAACAGGGCCACAUCUCUUCAGUCAGGGUGGAAUGACUGAAGUAGAGGAGACAUAGCGCAGCCGGGCUGAGCCGUCACAGCGCCGCCGACACUGAAGGACGCAGCCGAGGAACCGACGGAGGAAAAAAGACAUCAGCAGCAAUUCUGGUCUGUUUUUUUCUACCCGACAACACGUCGAGUGUUUUGGCAAGAGGCUGCAGCGGUCUGCGCCGCUUUAAAGAAAUUAUCUGCCGUCGAAACGCAGAGCUACACUGGCUCCGGGUCGGGGCGGAGAUACCACUAAAACAUCCAUCGUUGUUUCACUUCGCUUUUUGUGGAUGCACCGAUGAGAGAUCCAGUUUUCACAGGGACUGCGAUGGCUUAUCACCCUUUCCACCCACACCGGCCGACCGACUUCCCCAUGUCCGCCUUUCUAGCGGCCGCGCAGCCUUCCUUCUUCCCGGCGCUCAGCCUUCCUCCCGGGGCGCUCACCAAGCCUAUCCCGGAGCACGGCCUGGCCGGGGCGGCGGAGGCUGGACUCCACCCGGCCCUCAGCCACCAUCAGGCGGCUCAUCUGCGCAGCAUGAAGAGCCUGGAGCCCGAGGAGGAAGUGGAUGACGACCCCAAAGUAACCCUGGAAGCCAAGGAUCUUUGGGACCAGUUUCAUAAACUCGGAACGGAGAUGGUUAUUACCAAGUCUGGAAGAAGGAUGUUUCCCCCGUUCAAGGUGCGGAUAAACGGCCUAGAUAAAAAAGCCAAAUACAUCCUGCUGAUGGACAUCGUGGCGGCGGACGACUGCCGCUACAAGUUCCACAACUCUCGCUGGAUGGUUGCGGGCAAGGCCGACCCGGAGAUGCCUAAGAGGAUGUACAUCCACCCGGAUAGCCCGGCCACCGGCGAGCAGUGGAUGGCCAAGCCUGUUGCCUUCCACAAACUCAAGCUGACCAACAACAUUUCAGACAAGCACGGAUUUGUCCAGACCAUCCUGAACUCUAUGCACAAGUACCAGCCCAGGUUCCACAUAGUGCGGGCCAACGACAUCCUGAAGCUGCCCUACAGCACCUUCAGAACCUACGUGUUCCCAGAGACUGAGUUCGUGGCGGUGACGGCCUACCAGAACGACAAGAUAACGCAGCUGAAAAUUGACAACAACCCUUUCGCUAAAGGAUUCAGAGACACGGGCAACGGCAGGAGAGAGAAAAGGAAACAGUUGACCAUGCCUUCGCUGCGGAUGUAUGAGGACCAAUGCAAAGUGGACCGGGAGGGCGCGGAUUCGGACGCCUCCUCUAGUGAGCCUCAGGCCGGCCGAGAUGCAGUCCACUCCCCGCUGGGCGCCAGCACCAGCCCGCUAAGGUUCAGCAGGCCCAGCCGAGAUGAGAAAACACUCACGGACAGUGAGCAGGAGCUGGAGCAGCAGGACGAGCGCUGCACAGGCUCCAACAGCCCAGGGACUGAACCUGUGUCCCCUUACAGCUCCAGGUGUGAGGAGCGUGUGAGGGACCGGCCCAGUGCUGAGAAGAAGGAUGAAUCUAUAUUCAGUAUAAGGAAUCUAGAGAAGGACAAAGCAGAGAGCAGGCACAGGAAGGACACCACAGAGGUGUUGACUAAGGACGCUGAGGCUGGAGGCACGGCUGCCACUAAGGACACAUUCUCCCCUCUAGUGGUCCAAACUGAGAGCCCCUCGCACUUCAGCCCAGGUCACCUACAAAGCCUGGCUCUGUCUGGGCUCCACAGUCAGCAGUUCUUUAACCCCCUGAGCACCGGAUCGCCACUUUUGUUUCAUCCCGGCCAGUUUGCCAUGGCCCCUGGAGCCUUUUCUGCUAUGGGAAUGGGGCAUCUAUUGGCCUCUGUUUCAGGAGCAAGUGGUUUGGAAAACGGCAGCCUCUCCGCCCAGGGCACAGGAGGAACUCCUAACCCUUUCCCCUUCCAUCUGUCUCAGCACAUGCUUGCCUCUCAGGGCAUCCCCAUGCCUCCUUUUGGAGGUCUUUUCCCAUAUCCGUACACCUACAUGGCAGCUGCAGCAGCUGCAGCUUCAGCCUCGGCCUCGGCUCUCCCUGCGACCAGCACCUCUAGCCCGCUCUCCAGAAAUCCCUUCCUGGGCUCGUCCCGUCCCCGCCUACGCUUCAACCCCUACCAGCUCCCCGUGUCACUGGCCCAGAGCUCCAGCCUCCUCACUACCGGCUUGCCCAGCAGCCUCAGCCUGGGCAACGAGUCAUCCAAACCUGGCAGCAGGGAGAGCAGCCCGGCCCCAGAUCACCACAGCAACCAUAAGACAGGGGGACUGGGUGGAAGGGUGGCAUCUCCCAAAACCUCCAUGAAGGACUCUGUAAACGAGCUGCAGAGCAUUCAGAGACUGGUCAGUGGCCUGGAGGGCCAGCGGGAACCCUCUCCCACUGCAAACUCUCCAAAGUGAUGAGGACUUUGUGUCUGGGGUGAAGACUACCAGAGGACUUUGGGUGCAUAUGUCCUGUACAGCACAUCACAGACACUGACAUGAGAGGUUUGACAGACAAGAGUCUAUGAAGGCUAAUUACAAAAAUAUUUUCAGAACAAAGCUGCGGGUACACAAAGGUAUAGUCUGUCAUUAUAAGAAAUCUUUUCCUUUUUUUUUUUUUUUUUGAAGGUUUUUAUUGAAGGUUUCCUACCGUGCUGACUGGUUUACAGAGAAAAUCUCUCUAAGACAUUUUCACCACAACCACUGAGUCCUGCUGUUUGACACCCUCUGCCCAAACCCACCAGGUACAUCAUCAUGCUUUUUUAAAUGAGCUCAGAAUGAUUUGAAAAAUCCUAAAUUACAAUUCUACAGCAAUAGAAAUCAAAUAUCUUAUCAAAAAAUUAACCACUUACGUUCAAGGACGUGGAGCAGAGAGUAGCUUUGGCAUUAGCAUGUGGUCAUGUUAGGAUGAACCACAGAGGGGCCUGGGGGGGCCCAUUUUGUUUUGCUUUGUUUUGUUUCUUUCUCUCUCUUUUUUUUUCUUUUUUUUUCAAAACCGACCCUGGAACAAGAGCCUCGUGACGGCAGGUCUGCUUAUUUCACAAAAAGGGAUGGAAGGUGAAAAUUCCGUCUGACAGAGACUAACCGCUCAUCAUUUCAUGCCAGAAAUAUUCUUGCUGAACUAUUUAUGUAAUUAAAAUUUUCUGUAAAUAAAUCUAAGAUCAAGAAUAUGCAAUUGGUAUUAAUUUAUUCAAUGCUGUAUAUUAGCGUGUAUAUAUACUUUUUUUUUUUUUGUCGUUUCCCUUCCUGAUCCCUCUUCUCGUUGACCCUCACCUCCCUCUGUUAAAUGAACAUAUACUGUAAAUUGGAGAUAUUUAGCGCUUGUUGGUUUGGAAAGAAAAACAAACAACUGUAUGGAGUAUCGCAAUUUUUUUUUUUAUUGUAAUAUUAUUUUAGAAGAUGAGUGUGCCAUGUUUUUGUCCACAUCCACAAUCAAACAGAGAGGAACGAGAAAGAAAUCCGCAAGGAUUCAAAGAAGGAAAAAACUCACCUCAGGUUAUUUUAAUAAAGUCAGGAGUUCCUCUUAUGUGCGCAACAUUCAUACUCAUGAAUUUAUUUAAAGAUGGAACUGUCUUGUUUAUGCUGGUUUUCCUCUUUUUUGAGUUGUCUCACACUUUCAAUAAAAAAAUCGUUGUGAUUAAAACUUCCAA